AUGUGUCAGACGGAUGUAACACCGUUCAAUCUGGAGAUCCGAUGCUGUUCGGAAAAUGUUUCUCUUCCUCUUCGCAUAGAAAUUCUACCAAUGGCGUGGCAUUCCAUCUGCCUGUCUCUGGACUUGAGCUCUGGUUCUUGGCAUGGUUUCGUAAAUGGUGAAAAAAUCCUUCUCAGUGAAACUGAAGAUCCUAUCAUUUUAAAGUCAGUUGUCGAAGGCGGGGGUUCACUGUUCAUGGGACAACACCAGAAUGUCUUGGGUAAAGGAUUUAGCAAAGCCCAAAGCUUGAGAGCAACGCUGAUGGAUUUCCUUAUGGCAUAUGAGAUAAUGGACACCAGUUAUAUGGAAGGGUAUACUACUUGUAAUGGCACAGAGGACGUUAUGCCCAAGACAUUUUUGAAUUUUUAUAACAUCUUGGCGUAUGACUCCCAGAAAGUUGCUCACAAGAAGAACUUUACUGCUCCAUCAACACUUCAAAUCAGUAUGGAUAUGCUUUUGAUUAAAGAAUUCGAUAUAGCACAUUUCACAUUUACAACUGAAGCAAUUAUCAAACUAACUUGGAUAGAUGAACGGCUCACAUACUUGAAUCUACAAGAGGCUUCAUGGAAAACAAAAAAAAUUAGCAAUGAAAUCUGGACGCCACCAAUUGAGUUCCUUGGUCAUGGAGGAACAUCUUGUGAUACUAAGGACGAAAAUAACAUUACCAAAAUCAUCCGAGAAAAAGAAGGAUACAAUGACAAUACGAGAGUGCCUCAAGACCUUCUGUACGAUGGAGAUGCAAAUGCUGUUGAACUUACAAGAAGAGUCACAAUAAAAUCAAACUGCCUCUUCGGACUUUUCGCAUUUCCCUUUGACGAGCAGAACUGUUCCCUGGAUGCCCUUGGCAGCAUACACGUCAACCUCAUUUUCUCCAACUUGUCUACCUAUUUCCUCACGUCUACCUACAUCCCCACUUUUAUCCUGCUUAUUAUUGGCUACAUGACUUUCUUCUUCGCCAUUGAUGAUUUCACCGACCGGUUCAUGGCAGCACUUACAGCACUUCUGGUCGAGGCGGCUUUUUUCACUCAGACAAGUCAAUCUGUGCCCCAGACUGCUUAUAUAAAGCUGGUAGACAUCUGGUUUGUGUUCUGUAUCGCCUUCCUUUUCCUGAUAAUGGUGGUCAUCGUCAUUAUCGACGUGCUGAAAGUCCUGGAGGAGGAGCCGCAAGAAAUCCUACACGAGAAGAUUUUCAACGUUCGCCUCGCUGCAGUUUUCCCGAAAGAUCUUUAUGGAGGAGGUGAAGGAGAAGAAGAGACAGCCAAGAACAAGAAGCACUUCAUUACUUCAAUAAGACUCAACACCUUCAGCAAGAUAUUCUUUCCUUGUUCCAGCGUCCUCUUCGUGGUGGUGUACUACGCUUAUGCCGCCACAUAUAAAGAGCACUGA